CAUCAACACAAAAAUCCUCUGUUAGAUCCUGAUGGAUGCUUUCACUGUCUCUCAGGAGAAGUUCAUUCUGUUCCACAAAAUUGACAGGGAUGUCUACGCCAUCAUGGUCAUGAACCUUUUUCGUGAUCCACAACAGUCCAUGCAAGUCCUCGGCAUGUGGCUCUGGCUUGAGAGAGUUGGCUUCCGCAAUGUGGUGAAAAAGGUUCACUCUUUGCCCAACCUUCUGAUCAAUGAAGUUGCCGAUGAGACGGUGCUAUGUCUGAGUGUCAUCAAGGACACUCCGAACAUACCACUGUUUCUUGAUGGCAAUGCCAUUGGGAAUGGCAAUGAGAUUAACCUUCUCCAGAGCCUGACGGAGAAGGAAAUCACUCUCCGAUUCUUUUAUGAGAAUCGCGGUGCCGCGACUCACGGGGUGGCCAUAAUGGUGAAUGAUAUCUGCAUGAGAGCGGUCUCUGACAUCAUGGAGCAAGCCAUGAUGCGGAACGCGGCGGACAGGAUGGCGGAGGCGCACAAGGUGCUGGUGCAGACGCAGGCAUGGAAUUCUAACAACAAAUUCUGGUUUGGGACAAUUGGGCCAUCUACUAGGAGGGUUGGAAAUCUUGGUGGUGGUGGCGGUGCUGUUGCUGAGAUGGUGGCGGUUCAGAGGAAUCAGAGCAAUGAAGUGGCGGUUCCAGCAGAUGACAGGACUCUGUUCGUGACAUUCUCAAAGGGGUACCGCGUGCAGGAAUGGGAGGUGAGAGAGUUUUUCACAAUGGCUUAUGGUGAUUGCAUUGAGGCUUUGUUUAUGCAGGAAGUGCAGCCAAAUGAACAGUCUCUAUUUGCUCGCAUUGUUUUUAAGAAGAUUUGCACCAUUGACAUGAUUCUGAGAGGGUCUACAAAAGCCAAAUUCACAAUCAAUGGAAAGCAUGUCUGGGCGAGGAAGUUUGUGCCAAAGAGAACCAGGAGUUUUCUGCCCGGAGAAUCAUCCUCUGGGUCUGGGUCUGGGAUAUAGACAAAUUUAUGAAUUUCUGUGAGGGUAGUGGGUGAUUUUAUCUGGUUCUGCAUGGUUUUGUUUUGUUGUUAAUUGUUGUUGUUUUUACCUUCAUGAGUGAGUGUAUGAACAGAAGAAUAAAGUGGAUGUAAUCCAAACUUUUGUUGCGGUUUCUGAAGAAUAAAGUGGAUGUAAUCCAAACUUUUGUUGAAGUGAAAUUGAAAUCGGUUUCUGAAU